AGUUUCAAUCCGUUGUGCUGAAUGACACGAGCUUGUAUUUGGGUGUGGAUCAGUGCAUUUCUCAGUCGACUACAAAACCCUAAAAUGUUGCCCAUUCAGACAAUCUUGCUUUGUGGCAUUUUUGCUCAAAGCCGCCUAUCUCACGCUUUAAUGUGGAAUGUAUGUUUGAGGAGUCAGAGAGUGAGGCACAAACUAGUAUUUCAGAGCUUAUCAGUGCUCUCAGUAGUUCAUUCACUUGUUCCUCUCAAAAUCAGUUAAAUUGUAAAAGGGUUAAAGGGGGUUGUACAGCAGCACACCGAUUCCCAGAACCAGCUUCAAUUUAUACACACAAAAACGCGUUUUAGAAUUAUAUUUAUUUACGCUUUUAUUUUGACAUUUAAUAAGGAUCAGUAGGGAACUUGUUUUAUCAAAAUGUUUGAUGCAGAAUUCAACAAGCAACUAUUUAGCAAAAAAAAAAAACAGCUCUGUUAUUGAGAUCUGUGCUGGAUUGAAUGAUUACAAGCAUCUGCUGCUGAGAGUGUCCUAGAAGGAAAUAAGAGGAGGGAUUUGUAAAAAUGGGAGGGAGAAGAAACACAGAGGUCCAUAUAAAGAGACAGUAAGUGAGCGGGAGGGAGAAGUGGAUGUCUGUACACUUUGUUGAAGGAGUUGACGAUUCAGGAGGCACUGGAGAAACUCCAAAAUAGUUUGAAAAGAGGGCAGAGGAGUGCAGCAGAGAGAAAGAGGCAAGAUGUUUGGCUGCCAGGGAGGCGGGUUGAGGGUACGGUCCUGGUUUACUCUGAUAUCUGGGUUAGUGGAAUGUUUGGGGUUCGCGGGUGCUGUUUUUGGCUGGGCAUCGUUGGUUUUUGUGCUCAAGACUGAAGGCUACUUCAGAAGUCUAUGUGUGAAUGCCACAAUAAAUGGAACUGCUGUUGAAGACUGCAGUAGACAGGAUGAGCAGCUCUCACUCAUCUUCACCAUCGCAUCCUUCAUGAACAACUUCCUCACACUGCCAAAUGGCUUCCUGUUUGACCACUUUGGCACCACUGUUGCCAGGAUACUGGGAAUAUCGGUUUACACUGCAGGAAUGUUGUUAAUAGCCUUUUCAAGUCCUGUGAACUCCGUCCUCCUCUUCCCUGCUCUGUCCUUCAUUGCUGUGGGAGGAAUUCUGUUCUUGAUGACCAACAUACAGGUGGCGAAUCUCUUUGGCACGCACCGCUCCACUAUAAUCACUCUGUAUAAUGGAGCAUUUGAUUCUUCCUCUGCAGUUUUCCUCAUCAUCAAGUUGCUGUAUGAGGAUGGAGUCUCUUUGCAAGGGUCUUUCCUCUUCUUGGCCUGCUGCAGUGUCAUUCAUCUGUUCCGGACAUUUGUGCUGAUGCCUCGUACACAUAUCCCAUACCCGCUUCCGGAGAACUACACCUAUGGGAUGAAAUGUGGAGGGACUCGGGAUUAUGCAGUUGCAAAGGUCGAAGAGAAAAACAUCCAAACUUCCCAGUCUGAGGAGGAAAUGCCAUUUAAAGAGACUUCUCCUCAAGGCCAAAACACAGACAAAAUGGAGCGAAGUUUCAAGAGCUGUUUGCUUUCCUGGUUCUUCUUGUGGCAUCUGCUGUGGCUUUCAGUGAUGCAGUUGAGACACUACUUGUUCAUCGGGACCUUAAACCCGAUGCUGAAUCAUCUGGCUGCUGGAGACCCAGGCCUUGUCAGUAGAUACACAAAUGCGUUUGCAUUUACUCAGCUGUGUGGGAUCCUGUGUGCCCCCUGGAAUGGUCUCAUCAUGGAUCGCCACAAAGGAAAGCAGCGAGAACCAGGUCAGCACGUAAAUGCACACAUUUUCUUAGGGUUUCCAUCCGUACAUUUCGGAAAGCUAUAUGGAAUGGUGAUGGCUCUCUCAGCUGUGGUCUCACUGCUCCAGUAUCCCUGCUUCACUCUCAUUAAAGGACCACUGGGUGGAGACCCUUUUUAUGUGAACAUCGGUCUGACCGUUCUGAGUCUCCUGGCCUUCAUCAACCCUCUUUAUGUUUACCUGCACUGUCGGCGUCAAGCAGCCCAGCGAGCCAGUUCCAACAAAAGUGCCUCUUCAUAAGCCCUCUAUACCUGACCUAUGACUUUGAAAACUGGUUUCUAUUUCUUAUUAGUUUUUCUUUACAAAACUACACAAUGUAUGGUGGAAAGAAAUAUUUUACUAACCUUUCAGUGAACCUGUUUUGCAGAGGUUGACUCUUGACCCUGUGAUGGUAUGCGGUGUGUUAUCUCUCCUGUUCAUAGCAGGAAAUUGACCACUUCCCCAUCCUCUUUACUAUUUUUUUAAUGCACAUUAGUUGCUGGAUCUUAAUAAGGAGCAAUAAGUAGUCAGCCUUGUGACCGUGAACAUUACACGAAGAAAAUAUGAAAAAUGAAGGCACUGGUUAUCUUCCACCGUCCAGUGUUUUUGUUGCAAAAAAA